AUGCGACAACAGCAAACAAACAAAAAGACAUACAUAUGGAGGGAAAUAAACAAAGGCAUGUACACCAUGAAAAGCGCACUAGUUGCAAACUCAACAGCAAGACUGAAAAGCGUGUUUGAGCAGGUCAAAGAGCUUCUUGCCUCAGAGGAGAAGAGCAAGCUCCAGGAGGCCUUCCACCUGAUAUCCAUGAAGGGCCUCUCACACAAGGAAAAGGCGCACGUGUUCCCGCAGAUUCUGAGCAUGAUAGGGCACUCUGCGAUAGAAAUAAAGUGUCUCGCAUACUCCUUCAUCCUGCGCUCUGUGCGAAGUGACUCGUCUCUUCUGAUCCUUGCAGUAAACUCGCUUAUGCAGGAGAUGAACUCGGGGCACGAGGGCACCGGCCCGUCUCCGGCACUGCGCGCUGCGCUGGCAAUCGACUUUAUCUCAAAGAUAGCAGACGCAGAGUUUCUGAACCACUUCACACACGAAAUAGAAAAAAGAUACUCCUCAGAGUCCGACAUUGUCAAAAAGUCAGCUCUUCUUGCAGCACCCACGCUGGUCAGGGUGUUUGGCGAGACAAAGCUGGAGCGGAUUAAGCAGUGUCUGCAGGAAAAGAGCCCAGUGGUUCUGAGCGCAGCCAUAUCCGCAAUUGUUGCAAUAGAAGAGGCCAAGCCGUAUACCUUUAGCAGCGAGGACGUGUCUGCCUGCUUUCGAACACUGUGCGCGCAUAGACAGAGCAUAGAGGAGGCAGCCGGAAACUUUGCGCUUCUUUUCUCUCAGCUGUGCCGGCUGCUGCGCAUCCACCCGUCGUCUGAUGCAGUGGAGGUGGCUGCGCAGGUGCUGGAGUUUCUUCCGCUGUGCGCGCUCCGAGAGCUUGCAAUCAUAAACAAAGGCGCGCUCUCUCUUGCAAUGGUAGAGAAGAUUGCAAACAGCCUCAUAAGCUACAUAGGAACCCGGCACAAGACAGACGCACUUGAGUCAAUUCUUCUCCUUCUGCAGAAGCACACAAUUAAGCUGGAGACAGACCCGUUCAUAAUCACGCACGAGGACACGCAGAGAGAGAAGAUACAAAAGCUGUACAUUCUCUCCCUGAUCGGCAGCCCAGAAGGAUGCGAAGAGAUCUCCGCGUGCAUUCGGGACAGAGAGUGCGUGCACCACGCGAUCACGCUGCUUCUUGAGCUGGACAUUCUGACGCCCAACCACAUAAAGCUUGGGUUCCAGUACAGCCAGUCCUCCACCCUGAGGGCCAUCUACAGCAAGCACCCGCUCCCAGAGAAGUACACUGAAGCAAUCAAAGGCAUUCUGGGCCGCAUGGAGAACGUGCUGGAGAAGGAGGUGUAUCUCUUUUUAGCAGGGUACUACCUGAGCAGUAUUCCAGACGAGGUAAACCGCAUCCGAAGAAUCCGAAGCUCCUCAAGCGGCGUGCUUUACGGAAAGCAGGAGGAGCGAGAAAAGCCAGAAGAGCACCUGGAGGAGUAUAUGUACUUCCUGCUGAACAUGCACACGCGGGGAAUCCUGUCCAAGGAGGAGUGCAUACAGCAGGCACAGACAGCCUUUUCUGAGGAGAUGUUCCUCUUUAACAAGUUUAUGCAUCUAAUUGACCUUCCAGACAGGAAGCAUCUUCUUGAGCUGAUAGCAUACAAGAGGGUUCUCUACAAAAUAACAGGGCAGCACUGGAUUUAA